UUAUGCUAGGGCUUAUACCAGCCAUUAGUUCUGAUUACUGUGGAACUUUUGAGGAGCAAAAUGGCAGUGAUGAUUGGAAUCGCUUUCAGUUUCUUGGCUUUGUUGCCUGCUAAUUGGCGGGAUAACCUGUUCUACAUCAAGUGAUGGGUAUCCUGCACCAGGUUCUGAUGCAGCAAGGCUCUAUACAGGCCCACUUAGGUCAAAAGGAUAUGGUAAUUACAACUCUCCUACAGCUCAAUUGCAAGCGCAGCUGACUGAAAAGCAACAAACAUCUGGAAGCCAUCCUGCAAAAUCAACUGGCCCCCAUGCCCCAGGCACCUCAGAAAAUGUGGUAUCCAACUCAAAUGCCCCAGCAGGAAAAGCAACCGGCAGCCAUGACCCAACAGCAGACGCUACCGGCCAGUUAUCCUAAGCAGCCUCAAGCAGUGUUGUAUCCAGCUCAAAUGCCCCGGAAGCAACCAGUUACUGAACUUCAGAAUCAGAAGGAACUGGCCUUCAUACCCCAGCUACCUCAGCAAGUGUGGUAUCAAGUUCAAAUUCCUCAGCAGCAAAAGCAACCAGCUACUGGUCCUCAGCAGCAGACGGAACUGACCACCCUGCCCCAGAAGCAACCGGCUUCAAUGCCCAUACCGCAUAAACAACCAACAGCUAUGCCCCAGAAAGCAUGGAAUCAAGCUCAAAUGCAGCAAAAGCAACCGGCCACCAUGCACCAGCAAGUGUGGCAUCCAGCUAAGCCCCAGAAGCAAAAGCAACUGGCUACUGAACCUCAGCAGCAGAAGGAACCGGCCUCCAUAACCCAGCAACCUCAGCAAGUGUUGCAUCCAGCUCAAAUGCUGCUGAAGCAACUGACUGCCAUGCCCCAGCAAGUGUGGUAUCCAGCUCAAAUGCCCCAGAAGCAACCAACCGCUGAACCUCAGUGGCAUCCAGCCAAAAUUCCCCAGGAGCAACCAGUCCCUAUGCGUCAACUGCAGAAGGAACUGACCGCCAUUCCACCACAACUGUGGCAAUCCGCUCAAAUUCCCCAGCAGCAUAAGCAACCGGCUGCCAAGCUUCAGCAAGUGUGGCAACUGGCCCCCAUUCCCCAGCAGCCUCAUGACGUGUGGUAUCCAGCUAAAAUGGUCCAGAAGCAACAAGCAGCUGCAACUCCGCGGCAGAAGGACCUGACCACCAUGCCUCAAGAGUGGCAUCCAGCUCAAUUUCCCCAGCAGCAGAGGCAACCAUCCCUAAUACUUUUACCGCAGAAGGAACUGAACGCCAUACACCAGCAGCCUCACGAAGUGUGGUAUCCAGCUAAAAUGGUCCAGAAGCAACAAGCAGCUGCAACUCCGCGGCAGAAGGAACUGACCGCCAUUCCACCACAACUGUGCCAACCCGCUCAAAUGCAGAAGUAACCAGCCCUAAUGCCUCAACCGCAGAAGCAACGAGCCACCAUGACCCCGCAAGUAUGGCAUCCAGCUCAAAUGCCUCAGCAGCAAAAGCAACCAGCUACUGAACCUCCGCAGCAAAUUGAACCGACCGCCAUGCCCCAGCCACCUCAGCAAUUGUGGCAUCCAGAUCAAUUUCUCCAGGAGCAGAAGAAACCAGCCCCUAUGCAUCUACCGCAGAAGGAGCUGACCGCCAUUCCACCACAACUGUGGCAAUCCGCUCAAAUGCCCCAGCAGCGUAAGCAACCGGCUGCCAUGCUUCAGCAAGUGUGGCAUCGGGCACAGAAGCAACCGGCCCCUAUGCCUCACGAAGUGUGGUAUCCAGCUAAAAUGGUCCAGAAGCAACAAGCAGCUGCAACUCAGCGGCAGAAGGAACUGACCAUGCCUCAAGAGUGGCACGCAGCUCAAUUUCCCCAGAAGCAACCAGCCCUAUUGCUUUUACCGCAGAAGGAACUGACCGCCAUACACCAGCAACCUCAGCAAGUGUGGUAUCCAGCUAAAAUUCCCCAGAACCAACCAACCACUGAACCCCAGCAGCAGAAGCAACCGGCCGCUGAACCUCAGCAGCAAAUUGAACCGACCGCCAUGCCCCAGCUACCUCAGCAAGUGUGGUAUCCAAUGCACAUUCCCCAGCAGCAACAGGAACUGGCCACCAUACCCCAGCAAGUGAGGUAUCCAGCUCAAAUGCCCCAGAAGCAUCUGACCUCCAUGCCUCUACCACAGAAGCAACCGACCGCCAUGCCCCAGCAAGAGUGGAAUCCAGCUAAAAUGGUCCAGAAGCAAGUCGCUGCGGUGACCGCCAUGCCGCAUACGCAUCAGCAAGUAUGGCAUCCAGCUGAAUUUCCCCAGCAGCAGAAGCAACCGGCCUCCACGCCUCUACCGCAGGAGCAACCGACCGCCGUACCCCAGCAAGUGUGGUAUCCAGCUCAAAUGUCACGGCAGCAACUGGCCUCCAUGCCUCUACCCCAGCAAGUGGGGUAUCCAGCUCAAAUGUCCCAGCAGCGGAAGCAACACACUGCCAUGCCACAGCACCAACUGACCCCCAUGCCUCAGCAAUUAUGGCAUGUAGCACAAAUGCCCCAGAAGCAACUGGCCCCAAUGUCUCAGCAGAAUCACUACGAAAGCACUGAAGAUGGUGCCUCUAGUAGCACUCAGGCCAGCAUCGUUGAACAGUCGGAUGUCAUCCCAAUCUAUUCCUACAGUUCCAAAUCGCACUACGAGAAUGGCAGGACUGUAUUCUCCCUAACCCGCUACACUCCUAGGGAGGCUAUGCCUGUUGACAGUGGAAAUACUCCCAAUGACAGUAUAGUUCGUACUGGUGCACCAAGCGUAUAUCCAUCACUAGUGAAGGAUUCUGCAAGGAAAAUGUAAUGGAUUCAUCCUCUAGAAGCUAAUGGAAGUGUCUGGUGCUCUUGCUACUCUAGCGUGAGGGAGUACAUGAACAGUUCUACUUUCAAAAAUGCCUGGUGUCUUUGAAAUAAUGGUUCUCGUGUCCAUUGCUUGCUAAUUGAGAACAGGUGGUGUGCAGUCUGUAGUAAAAAUGACUGCUCAGUUAAUUCUUUGGUUUUCUAAUCUUUUACCUUUGCUACUGGUUGUUCAAAAUAAAAGCUUGGGUCUACA